GUUUGCCUGUAGUUGAUGAACACUUGGGCAGAUCGAGCAACCAAAUUAUAAGCAUAGGAUUUUAUCCAUCGGAUCGGAGAACGAAAAUGAAGGCCGUCGGUUUGAUUCUGGUGCUACUAGCUUCCGCAACCACGCUCUUUGCCGCCGCUCGCUCCGACCUCGCCGACCGUCAACGCUACUCAUCAUCCAAAUAUAAUUAUUAUGAUACUCCUGACUCCAACGUUCUCUUCUCCGACGUAGGAGGAGGCAAGCUCCCCACCGGCCAGCGCCUGACCUACCGAGACUAUCACCUCGUCAUGCAAGAUGACUGCAACCUCGUAGCCUACAACAAAGACCGACCAAUUUGGGCCACGGGCACCUGGGGCCGGGGCCAGAAUUGUUACCUCACCCUGCAAUCCGAUGGCCAGCUCGUCCUAUACGGUCAAGUUCUUCCGUUCAAAUGGUGGAGAGCGACCGAAAUCUGGAGAACAAACCAAAAGGGGACGGAGGGAGUCUAUGCUCUCGUCCUCAACUACGACGGCAGCGUUCAUGUCUACGGCCCAACCCUCUGGUCAUCACCAUCUGGCUCGACUGCUAGUCUGCUACGCCUGCAGCUUCCUCAUUAA